AUCGACCAGCGAUCGUACUGCGCGCCUGCGUACGCGCACCGCGUUAAGUGACUGUGUUGGCUCCUCGUGCUGUAUGCGGAAAUGGAGCAUGCUGAUUGAACAGCUGAGAGCAGUUCUAGCAAAAUGUGUCUUGUGAACCAGUGAUUAAAAAAAACAAAAUGGAGAGUGAAAUGGACAGUGCGAACUUUAAAGAGGCUAACAAGACUGAGUUUAGUGUUAAGGAGAUGUAUCGCAAGUUGAAGAAGAAGCUGAUGAAGGCUGAGAAGAAAAAGACUGAGAUUAUUGAAACGAAAGAGAAGACGAUCUGGUGGAAUCAAUGCAGCAGCUUAAGUGAAAUAGAUCAGUAUUUAUGGAUGGUGGGGGGCUCCGCGGGGGCGCUUGCCCUGACCGGCGUGGCGGCGGCGUCGGCCUACUACCUCAGCACGAGGCCGAAGCCCGAGAAACCUCUGGUCACGCUGCACGAGCAGAGCCUACUGGAACCGGGACCUGAAAUGGUACGAGUGUCGAAGUUCUACAAGGAGGCCAAAAAUGGAAAGUUCCUACGGUACCUGCACGACGAUACGCGUACCUUAUACGAAACGUUCCGAAGAGGAGUCAAGGAAUCAAAUAAUGGCAACUGCCUGGGCUGGCGGGAGGGACCAAACCGGCCGUACAUGUGGCAGAACUACAACGAGACACUGCUCAGGGCCAAGAACUUCGGCUCCGGGCUGAUAGCCCAGGGCCUGGCGCCGGGACAGAAUACCUUCGUUGGUAUCUACGCCCAAAACUGUCCGGAGUGGGUGAUGGCGGAGCAGGCCGCCUACUGCUACUCCAUGGUCAUAGUGCCGUUGUACGACACACUAGGAGCCAACGCAUGUGCCUUUAUUAUUAAUCAAACUGAAAUGUCAAUAGUAGUGUGCGAGGACGACAAGAAAGCUAAUCUCCUACUGGACCAAGCACCCCGGUGUCUUCGCAAGCUGAUCACGAUAAAGGAGAUCUCCCCGUCCACUCACCAGAGGGCGCGCAGCCGGGGCGUCGAGAUAGUGAGGUUCAGUGACGUGGAGAUCCAGGGGGCGCAGAAGGACCACCCGUGCGUUCCACCGAGACCAGAAAGCCUCUGCACGAUCUGCUACACGUCAGGCACGACCGGCACCCCCAAGGGUGUGAUGCUGACGCACGAGAACGUGGUCGCGUCAAUGUGCAGCGUCAUCAUGCAGCUGGGAGAGCACAGACCCUCGAAGCACGACAUCAUGCUGUCUUUCCUGCCUCUUGCGCAUAUGCUGGAGAGGUGUUGUGAGAAUGCAGUAUACAUGGUGGGUGGUGCUGUGGGUUUCUACAGUGGAGACAUCAGGAGAAUAGGCGACGAUCUGACCGCACUAAGACCUACAAUAAUGCCAGCGGUACCGCGCCUCCUGAACAGACUAUACGACAAAGCCCAGAGCGAAAUAUCUAACUCGAAAAUCAAGAAACUGCUCUUCAAUAUGGCAUUGUCGGCUAAGGAGUCUGAAUUAAAAAGAGGCAUAAUCCGCGGCGACUCGAUGUGGGACAAGCUGGUAUUCCGCAAGGUGCGCGAGGGCAUGGGCGGUCGCCUGCGCAUCAUGGUGGUCGGCUCCGCGCCGCUUGCCGGCAACGUGCUGACAUUCGCACGCUGCGCCCUUGGCUGUCUGAUCGUGGAGGGUUACGGUCAGACGGAGUGCACGGCGCCGGUGACGCUGACGGUGCAAGGCGACCACGUGCCAGAACAUGUUGGGCCUCCCGUCGCUUGUUGCAAAGUGAAGCUAGUGGACGUCCCAGAAAUGGAGUAUUAUGCGGCGCAGAACCAGGGUGAGGUGUGCGUGCAGGGAGCCAAUGUGUUCAAAGGCUACUUCAAGGAGAUAGAGAAGACGAGGGAGGUGAUAGACCAGGAUGGAUGGCACCACACGGGAGACGUGGGGAAGUGGCUGCCGAAUGGUACACUGAAGAUUAUUGACAGGAGAAAACACAUCUUCAAGUUAUCACAAGGAGAGUACAUAGUUCCGGAAAAAAUUGAGAACAUUUACAUACGGAGUCAGUACGUUGAUCAGGUCUUCGUACAUGGCGAAUCUUUGAAGUCGUGUAUAGUGGCAGUGGUGGUGCCAGACGUGGACGUGAUCAAGUGCUGGGCGCUGGAGAACGGCAUCAAGGGCACGCUGUCGGCGCUGUGCGAGAACCCACAGGUCAAGAAGGUCAUCAUGGAGGACAUGCUGCAGUGGGGAAGGAACGCGGGCUUGAAGACUUUCGAACAGGUUAAGGACAUCUACCUACAUCCAGAUCCCUUCUCAGUGCAAAACGGCCUCCUGACACCCACGAUGAAGGCGAAACGGCCGGAAAUACGAAGCUACUUCAAGCCCCAAAUCGAGGAUAUGUACAAGCAACUAGAAUAACCCUAAUACAUGUAAAUAUUAUCUGUAAGUCCACGUGUUUGUGCGAAUUUGUAAACCUUUACAUGCUUUUCAGGCAGGGAAUUUCAAAUUUAGAUUGGCAGUUUUUUUCUGCCACUCACAAGUUCACUAGACCAAACAUAGAUGGCGUUAAUUUUUUCUUGUAA